AUGAGGUCUCUUACACCCUGGGAAUAUUUAAUGGCGAAGCGUCGUUUUACCUUAUACAACGACUUACCCAUUGAGAUCAAAGGUCUGAUCUGGAAAUUCACUCUCGAGCCACGAUUGGUUGAAGUGUGGCCGAAGUAUGGAAAAUACAACGGAUUUUAUUCAAGAACUCCUCUACCAUCUGCGAUGACCGCAUGUCGAGAUUCUAGAGCAUUUGUUUUGCGUCUAUACCCCAAACUAUUUGGCGGACCCAUGGUUGAGGCCAGAGUUCGCUUCAAUUUCAACAUCGACACUUUGUACCUGGACUGGAAAAUCCAAGACCGGCUUGCAGCCUUGCUGCUAUCGAUCACUAAAGAGGAAGCUGGAAAGUUUCGAUACCUGGCGAUUGAUGGACAUAUAACAUGGGGACGGGCCAGUUACAGUUCAUUUCAACUCGACGUUUUUCACCUUCAGCGCCACCAUUAUUUACGCCAUGACGUUUAUGUGAAUCAUCGUGACGUGAGGCUUGGAGAGGAGGAAGAUUAUUUGCUUCUCCGGGCGGUAUUUUACAUGUCAAGAUUAGAGUUUCUAACGAUUGUAUACGACGCAUGGAGGAUAGAUAGAGAUGGUCACUACGUGAAGCGCGACGAGUUCGCCGACUUGACAAUCUUCUAUCCCGAAGAUUAUCACGAAUUAUUUCCAGGACCACCAGACGACGCAUUGGAAGACUAUCGGGAGGUAAUAUUCCGGAUGUGGGAUAUGUAUACCUCGCAUCCACGAACCUUGUACAAAAUAAUGUAUGACGGGUUUCACCACAGAAUUCGUGACAUCGAAUGUCAAUUUAGAUGGAGAUUUCCCAAGUCAUUUCCGGAGUUUGCUGAAACCGGAGGUGACCGGCAAUUCCUCAUACCGCCAGAAAAAUAA